AAGCUAAAUGUUUCUCACACCAGUUAUAAUACACGCGACCAAAGUCCAAAUUAUUACUUUAGAACGAUUAAUUUUCAUGUAGAUAUUUUUACUAAGGAAACCCACUGUGGAGAUCGGUGUACAACGACAAAAUACUUGAGGAAAUGUUAGUAGAAGUCUUGAUUACGAAGGGUGAUAGAAUCGUGCAUUCGAUACAACGGACAAGUCUAGUCAUUAAGCGACGAUGCGAAAUAUGACAACCUUUUAGGUAUAGCUUGGUUUAAUACAAUGGUUUAACGCACUUAGGUAAGGUACAAUAAGAGAAGUACGUAUUUCCGUGUAUUCCAAUUUAUUGUAUUCUAGCAGUCUGUAUCACAUUUAUAAUAGGACGUUAAGCGCGUAGCAAUCUUCUUGUUGCCUGUCUCGUCCCGGGGUCAGUGCAAGGGUGUAAAUAGAAGUAUAAAUCUUGUAAUGUUAAAUAUUUACUGAAUUAGUAUCAAUAUACCUACCGCGGCAACUUGAAUAACAAUUAAAGAGAAAGGAUGUAUUUACCCAUUCAAAACUCACGCCUUAUAAAGGAGCAUAAAAUCACAAUUCAUUAUCAUCGUGGCGUGGUUUAAACGUCUGGAUUCGAUGCACGCAAACACACAUUUACGUCGAUUCGCUUGCCAAUAGUGAAGGAAUGUGCGGAUAAGGCGUGGCCCUCAUUUGGCUCAUUCUAAAAAUGACCGAACAAACUUUACUUAGCGCUCGAAUAAUGGAACCUCCUUUUCUUAGCCUUGUUUGUUUUAUGGGAGUAGCCGUAACGUAGCGGAGGAAACGCGUCGAUCGAGAACAGGUUGUUUUCGAACGUGUAUAUUGAUAUUUUGCGGCAUUUUCGCAUCGGAAUAGUAGAUACAGAGAAUUGUAGUUGUUAAAUAAUGGUUCCGCGACAUUCGUUACUUCCGUUGGAUCGAAAAAGAGAAAACAGUAGCUGCAGAAACAUGGGGAAAUUCAGCACGCAAGUUGAAAUGAUUGUGUACAGGUUUAUACUCAGUCUGGUAGUUGGAUUCUUCCUCGGUUCGUAUGUGAUCACAAAUCAUGAAGUGUCCGUUGUACAGAAACUUGGUAAACUUGUGUGCCAAGGUCCACAGAUUCAUCGAUUUGUCAAGUAUAACCAGGACGCUGCACAGCACCACCAACAGCGUCAACCUAGGCUGGAUAGAGAGAAUGGACUGUUGUAUAUUGGAAUGAUGUCAAUGAAAAAAUUUCUUGGUACGAGAGUGGAAGCCGUGGUCGAAACAUGGGCCAAAAAUCAGGAUGUUCGACUUGAAAUAUUUGCAAGUAACAACGGUACGCCAAGUGUAAGAUCUGGGCGUGUUUCUGUGCUGAAAAACGGAGCAAGAAUCAUCCAACUACCAGGCGUAUCAGACGUUUCGUAUCCGCCGCAGAAGAAAUGUUUUUCAAUGCUGAAGUAUAUUCACGACAAUCAUUUGAAGAAUUUUGAUUGGUUUCUACGGGUGGAUGACGAUGCAUAUAUAAAGGUGGAUGCCUUGAAAAAACUACUCAGUCAAGCCGAUCCCACGAAGCCGUACUUUAUCGGUCAUUCUGGAUAUGGAAAACACCCAGAGGAUUAUUUAGCAGAUGGAGAAAAUUAUUGCAUGGGGGGAACUGGAAUCCUGUUUUCUCAAGAACUUCUACGCAGAAUAGGACCCAGACUUUCAGAUUGCCUGGGUGAAAUGUUUACAGAGCACGAAGACAUUGAACUUGGAAGAUGUGUCCGGAAGAUUACUGGGACAAGUUGUACGGAAUCUUGGGAAACAAUAAAUUUAUUUUAUCAAAAUUAUGGCGGCCUUGGUAGCUACGAUGCGAAUAUAAAAGAAAUGUCAGAGAGAAAAAGAACUGUUGCACUUACUUUCCAUGCAAACAAAGAAUCAAAAUAUCAGUAUAAAUUUCAUCAAACAAUUUUAAAGGACAGAAUAACUAACAUGUUAACAAAGAUCACAAAAAUGGAGACUGAAGUUAAAAAAAUGACAAGCCUUCUGGCUUUGAGAGAAUUUGACUAUAAGGCAUGGAAUUCUCACGCGGGAUACGUUUGGGACUCAAUAACGAAAAAAAGCAUUUAUUCUACGUCAUCUCUUGUUCGAGCGAUUCCAUCGUUUAUAAAACAAGCGGCUAUCACCAAUGUGUUUUACACCAUACAAGACUUGCGUAUGAAGUUCACUGCUUUGCAAGCUCACAUUCACGAAAUAUCGGUAACUCAGAUGCGAUAUUUUGUAAACCCCCUAACGUCUGUGGACAUGAUAUCACGGUUAAAAGUGCAAGGGACUUCUCGCCAACGUCCUAUGACUAUUUAUUUGAAUAAUAUUCAUUAUCGAAGAACAUUUCCUGAAUCUGUUGUGUAUUUCACCGAGAUAUAUCCUAUUGAUAUUCAAGGUGUUAAGUCUGUAGCAUCGAAAAUGGAAAGCGACAAAAAAAAGGUCACAAGCGGACGAAACGAAAGAGUGAAUUUCAUAGUUGCGUUGAGCGGGCGACCUGAAAAUCUGAUGCGAUUUUUGAAAAACUUUGAAGAAGAAUUUUUAAACAAGCAAGAAAACGUAAGUUUGUCGAUAGUCUACUUUCCAGAAAAGAUUCGCGUAACCCCAAAAGACGAACAGAUCAUAGACGCCGACGAGGAGAAAUACCGAGAAGACAUUAUCCGACAAAGCGACAAAACCCGAUUUGUUCAAGACAAUCUAACAAAACUACGCGAAAACCACCAAGGCUCAGAAAUAAAUUUCUUCCCAGUCUCCAACGGACUCAAAUUUUCUCGUGGUGUCGGUUUGCAAAUGGGUGCGAAGAAGCUUUUUCAUCCGGAAGAACGUGAUGAAUUACUGUUUUUCUGUGAUGUUGAUCUUCUGUUUAAAACAGAAAUACUGUCUCACAUUCGUAGAAGUACGAUUCGAGGGAAACAGGUUUAUUAUCCAACAUUUUUUAGUCAAUACGAUCCAGAAGUUGUUUAUUCUUAUCAAGAAGCACCCGAAACACAUUUCUAUUUUGAGGAAAUUGCGGGAUUUUGGAGAACAUUUAGUUACGGAAUGGUAUCGCUCUACAAAAGUGAUUUUCUGAAAAGUGGAGGAUUCGAUCUUUCUAUACAAGGAUGGGGAUUAGAAGACUUGAGAUUUUGUGACGCGGUAUUGAAGAAGGCUGGUCUUCAAAUAUUCAAAAGUAUGGAACCAGCCAUGGUUCACAUUUAUCACGACAAAGACUGUCCAGCAUCACUCAGCAAAGCCCAGUUUGAGUCUUGUCAGAAUUCAAGAGCACAGCAUUUUGGUCCUCAAGUUCUUUUGUAUUAUUUAUGGCACAGGGAAGAAAAUCCGGAUGAUGAAUACGACCCCAAUGUCAAGGUAGAUCCUUAAUUGCGGAGUGACAAAAACGUUG